AUUUCUUAGAAAGCCAGGUCUCUUCUAUGUAUGAUUGUCCUCUGUCCAAAUUGUUUUCUUGUUCUCAGCUAGUCUCCAGGAUGUGGAGACCAGCCUAACUGAGGCUGUGCUUUGCCUUUUACGGACCCAGAGUGUAUUUCUCUCUUUAGUGGCCUUACGUGGCCUAAGGCAGCAUGGUUGGAGGCUGUCUUCAGGGUUUGGCGAAUUACCUCUGUCGUUUCUGUGUUGCAGUGUGAACGAGUUACGAUUACAGCUUAUGCAGAAGCCUUAGGUGACCGUGCUUCCUAGUCCACUCCUGCCGCGGAGUCCACGGUCUCCCAGCAGACAGGGGUUGUCUUGUUUUCCUAGUUCACCCUCCCUCGCCCAACUUCCUGCCUCAGCGCGCUACGUUCAGGAGCCUGAGUAGCAUGAACUUGCAAAGUUUCUAUCUCUUCCCUAUUUGGUAUAAAAAAGGAGAGCAGGGGAGAGGAUAUAUAGCAAAAUUUAAAAAGGUCUAUGUGGUACGAAGGGUCUAUAAAAAGAGCAUCGAAUCCACGCGGGAGGGGAGUCCGGCCUCGCCACCUACGGACUUCGAGAGUCUAUCUCACUGAGCACCAGGCUGCAGGACGGCUAUGUGCUCUCUCCAGCGCUCACCAACAUCUGGACGGCCAGAAUAUGCGCAAAGCAGAACAUCACCCCAACGCCAGUACCUUCCAGGUCCGGAGAGGCAAAGCCCUUGAAGAGACCAAAGCCCACAGACAAUUCAACAGCAAGAGCCACCCAGCUGGUCGGGAUAAGAAACGCUGUCAAAAAUUUCAAGAGCAGGCGGCCAGCAGGGCAGCUGCCAGGUUCACCUGGGCACAAGAGGCCGGCAGGAAGCGUCAGAAAGAGCAAAGGAAGUUCAAAGGAGAAGAAAGUAACACCGCGCCAAGAUCUUGAGGACAGAUAUGCCAGACAUGUGGCUGCCACCCAAGAAUUACCCCGGGACAGUGGGGCGACAGCCUGGAAGGGCCAAGCAUUGCUUCCUGAAAGCCAGAAGAGACAGCAGCUGUCAGAGGAGACCCUAACCAUCCACGGCCUCCCCACAGAGGGCUACCGGGCUCUGUACCAGGCUGUGGUGGAGCCGAUGCUGUGGAACCCUUCAGGAACCCCCAAGAGGUACAACUUGGAGCUGGGCAAGGCCGUUAAACAAAAGCUCUGGGAAGCUCUGUGCAGUCAAGCCACCACCCUUGAAGGUGCUCAGGACGACACCCAGCCAAGGCAGGAAGUGGUUGGGUGAGGAGCCUGUGCCCAAGAAAUAGCCCAAAUUAAAGUGAAAAGAACAGGAACUCAUGAAUUCAGGAUAUUUUCUGCUAAAGGUCUGAAAAAUACGUACCACCUUUCAUGUAAUUUCAGAGUGCUUCUCAAAUUAGUGACUCCUCUCCCAGAAAAACAUGACAAACAUAUCAGAUUUACUUAAGACGGAAGUCCCUUUCCACGAAUGCUUUGGUGAUUUGUAUGUGACAAGGAGGCAGGCUCGCCUAUGUGUCCCAGGCUGGUCUCAAAUGAUAAUCUUGCCUCAGCCUCCUCAGUAAGCUGGAACACAGGCCUGCACCACCAUGCCCGGCACAGGAUUAGGUACUUUUGAGCUAGUUGCUUUGAGGUUUUUUCCUACAAGGGACGGGACUGAGGUUUCCAGGUAGGAAAAAGGCCUGGAAGAUGAGGCCAGUGGUUUAUAUCCAACCCUAUCUUCCCUAUUUCAAUAAAGCGGACCACCAUGCUUUUAUUGCUUUUGGAGCUGGGGUCUCACUAAUUGCACAGGUUGGUCCUGAACCUGAGAUCCUCCUGGCUCAGCCUCUCAAGUGCUUACUGAUUAUAGGUGUCAUCAGCUUGGCAAAGCUCUUGAUCAUUUACUACUACUGUGGUGCUUUCCCAUACGCACUGAGCAGAAAGCCUAUCACCACCUCACGGACUUAAAACACCCAUUCUCUAGCAAAUGCUCCCCCGCGACACUGCAGAACUCCCAAAGCCUGACCUGUGUUCCCAGGAGAGGAAGUCAUAGGGAUACUUCCGUGGGUAAGCUGGAGUUCAAAGCACUGGGUACAGGAAGUGGUGUAUGCCUAUAAUCUCAGCACUCUGGGAGGCUGAGGCAGGAGAAUACAAAGUUCAAGUCUAGCCUGGACAACUUUAGAGACUCCUGAUUUAAAAAAGGGGGGUAGGGUGGUGGAGAUGUAGCUCAGUACAAAAGCCCUGGGUUCAACCCCCAGCACUGGAAAAGAACAAAAACAAAAACAAAACACAACCAAACACUGGUCCAUACAAACCUCUUCCUUGUAGAAUCUGGGAUCUUGACAGAAUGGAGCAAUGACAACAUAUAACACAUACUUGAUAAAAUUGUAUUUUCUUUAAAGUCAUUUGUACAAUUUGUUACAAAACCAUAGAAGACUACGACUUGUUUUAAAUCAUUUUUGGUCUGCAAAUAUGUAAAAUCUGUGUGCAAUUAUCAUGUAUUUACAGGGCCUCGUGUUAGUCAUUUUCAAUGAUUACUCCAACAAUGUCACACUGUCAACAUAAGACAUGGCUUAAGAUAAAUAUAUUAG